AUGACUAAAAGAAAGCAACGAUUCUCUCUUCUUAAACAACCUAUAUCCUCCACACUGAAUCAGCAUUUGAUAGAUUAUCCAACCCCGAGCAAUCUUAGUUAUUGGUGGGGGUUCGGUCCGUUAGCAGGUCUUUGUUUAGUCAUUCAGAUAGUGACUGGCCUUUUUUUAGCUAUGCAUUACACACCUCAUGUGGAUCUAGCUUUCAACAGCGUAGAACACAUUAUGAGAGAUGUUUCAGGGGGCUGGUUGCUCCGUUAUAUGCAUGCUAAUGGGGCAAGUAUGUUUCUCAUUGUGGUUCACCUUCAUAUUUUUCGUGGUCUAUAUCAUGCGAGUUAUAGCAGUCCUAGGGAAUUUGUUCGGUGUCUCGGAGUUAUCAUCUUCCUAUUAAUGAUUGUGACAGCUUUUACAGGAUACGUACUACCUUGGGGUCAGAUGAGCUUUUGGGGAGCAACUGUAAUUACAAGCUUAGCUAGCGCCAUACCCGUAGUAGGAGAUACCAUAGUGACUUGGCUUUGGGGUGGUUUCUCCGUGGACAAUGCCACCUUAAAUCGUUUUUUUAGUCUGCAUCAUUUACUCCCUUUUCUUUUAGCAGGCGCCAGUCUUCUUCAUCUGGCCGCAUUGCAUCAAUAUGGAUCAAAUAAUCCAUUGGGUGUACAUUCAGAGAUGGAUAAAAUCGCUUUUUACCCUUAUUUUUAUGUCAAGGAUCUAGUGGGUUGGGUAGCUUUUGCUAUCUUUUUUUCAGUGUGGAUUUUUUAUGCUCCUAAUGUUUUGGGGCAUCCCGACAAUUAUAUACCUGCUAAUCCGAUGCCCACCCCGCCUCAUAUUGUGCCGGAAUGGUAUUUCCUACCGAUCCAUGCCAUUCUUCGUAGUAUACCUGACAAAGCGGGAGGUGUAGCCGCAAUAGCACCAGUUUUUAUAUGUCUCUUGGCUUUACCUUUUUCUAAAAGUAUGUAUGUGCGUAGUUCAAGUUUUCGCCCUAUUCACCAAGGACUAUUUUGGUUGCUUUUGGCGGAUUGCUUACUACUAGGUUGGAUCGGAUGUCAACCUGUGGAGGCACCAUUUGUGACUAUGGGACAAAUUUCUCCUUUUCUUUUCUUCUUCUUCUUUGCCAUAACGCCCAUUCCGGGACGAGUUGGAAGAGGAAUUCCUAAUUCUUACACGGGAUGA